AUGGAUGAAUUAUUUAAAUCACUCAACUCUCAAUAUGGUGAUAUUCUUGAAUUGUGGUUUGGUAGUAAUCGAGCUGUUGUUUUAUGUCAUCCAAAAUAUAUGGUUAAAAUUCAUCAAGCAUCUACUAAAAGUAAAUAUAUAAAAAGAUUUUCAACCACUAAUACUGAUGGAAAAGAAUAUGGUAUAGUUGAUAGUGGUGUUUUUAAUAAUAAUGAUAUUCAUGGUUCUUGGAAAUUUAAUAGAAUGGUUUUUAGUAACGCGUUAAUGCGUCCAAAGUUGGAUAGGGAUGCAUUACAAUGGACUAUAGAGUUGGUCGAAGAAAUGGAAUCAUAUUGGGAGAGAACUGGUAUUAUAAUUGAUGAUAAUGAUAUGAAUAAAGCAUUAAUAGAAAAUAAGGAGAUUAUAAAUCUUCCAAAUUGGAUGCGUAGAUUUACAUAUGAUAUAAUUUACAGAAUUGCAAUCGGAACUAAGGGAGAUACUCUUAACUCAUAUACAAAUAAUUUGUGUGGGCUAAGCGCUUAUGAAACUGAAUCAAAUAGUAUCAUAAAGAGUAUUCAAACUUAUGCUGAAGGAAUUAUGUAUUUUCGUCUAUUUUCAAAAUUCGUUCGUUAUUAUAUUCCAUAUAUACGAGGAAUUAUUCGUAAAUAUAUGGAUAAUAAAGAGUAUUUAUAUGGAAAAUUAACGGAAAUAAUUGAAAGACGUCGACGUGAAAUUGAGGAAACACCAUUAAGCGAAGAAUUAAGGAAUGAUAUGUUGACUUCAUUUAUUAUUGCAAAUACUGAUAGAGAUAUGUAUAAAGGAAAAUACGUUGAAAAGUUUGAAGAGGAAGUAGUUGUCAGGCCUAUGAAAAAUGAAGAUAUCUGUGGAAACUUAAUGGACGCGUUUCUUGGGGGGACUGAUACUGUUGCAAACUUAUUCUGCUUUAUAGUUUAUUAUCUUGCACAUCAUCCGGAAGUUCUAGCCCGCCUCCAUCAAGAACUUGGCUUAAUAUUCCAAGAUGAUAGAACACGAAAAAUCACUCUUAAAGAUUUAGAUAAUCUUAAAUAUUGUGAAUCAAUAAUUAAAGAAGUAUUUCGACUACAACCUGUACUUUCUUCAAAUAUUCGUUUAAAUUCGGAAGAUGAUGAGAUUGGAGGAUAUAUUUGGCCUGCUAAUACUACGUUUCUACUAUUUUAUGGAGCUCUAUUUAAACGUCCUGAGGCAUGGAACGAACCACUAAAAUUCAAUCCAGAUAGAUUUUAUAAUUAUAUGCCUAAUGAUAAAACUAAUGGUGAUGAUUUAGGAAGUAGUAAAAAUAUAG